AUGCUCUUUCUCAUUUCGAUUUUACCUUUUUUGGCUGCGACAUCAGUAUCCGCUCGAUCAACACAAUCACUUCGAGCUCGACAUUCCACUCCUUCCUCUAGUAGUGAGGUUGAAUCUCGGGGAUUACUUGAUGGAUUAGUUGGCGGUUUAGGUAAUACCGUUGGUGGACUUGGAGGUACCGUUGGUGGGUUAUUAGGUGGGGUUGGAUCUACUGUAGGUGGAUCUUUAGGUGGAACAAUUAGCGGAGUAGGAUCGGCGGUUGGUGGAACAGUAACUACUUUAGGUGGAACAGUAGUUGAAGUCUCACAAUUAAAUCUGGAAGUGUUAGUCAAUACCUGUGUCAGAUUAAGAACCGCUACUACAGUAGGAGAUAAAGCUUCUGUGGCAGGUGGUUUAGUUGGUCAGAGCGCAGGCGUUACUUUAGCUGCUGGGGCUUGUGUAUGUGUCGACGCUGCUGCUUCAGCUGGAUUAAGUGGUGUAGGUGCAGAUGUUGGCGUAUACGCAAGUGGUGGUUUGUACUUCAACGGCACAACAGCUGAGGAUAUAGCUUCUUCUACGCAACCUGGAUUACUUGGACUUCAAGCAGGUGUAUAUAAUUUUGAUGUGGCAGAAACUUGUAUCGCUGCUUCUGUAUCACUUUUAAACUCUCAUCAUGAUUUACAACCUGUUGGUGGAUCAUGUUGUGCGCGAGCCUGUAACACCGGAUAUGUCCUCACUGGAGGAACGACAUGUUGUCUUGCCGGAUCAACACUCGAUUCAAAUGGGAAUUGUUUAACUCCACCAACAUGUAACACUACAACAGAGAUAUUGUGUAACAAUAAAUGUUAUCCUAAAUCUACUUAUACUUGUCCAUCAGGAUUACCAAUUAUGAUGCAAAAUUCCAAAAGAUCAGAAACUUGUCCUGUGGGAUUAAACAAGUGCGCUAUCGGUGCUUUGGGUUCAGGUCAAUGGGAAUGCGUUGAUACCAAAAACGACAUUGAAUCAUGUGGAGGAUGCAUGUAUCCCAAUCCAAGUAAUUCAAACCCGUUAGCCGUUUCUCAAGGAACAGAUUGUACUUCAAUUCCAAAUAUAGAUGUCGUUUCAUGUAAUUUAGGAACUUGUCAAAUUGACGCUUGCGCAAAAGGAUUCAAACUUUCAAAUAACGGUACUUCUUGUGAAAGACCUACUAUCAUAAAAUCAACUCAACAACGACAACUGUUCAAUAGAUCAACAAAAUUCAGAAAAAACCAAGUUCGGUUAGAUAGAUAUAAAUACUAA